CGGCAAUUCUUUGCAUCGAGCUGCGCGUGUCGGUUGUCGUUGGCUUGAAUUGGCGCUAAGUGGCGCGCCCUCCUAUUCUCGACGAAGCCGGUCCUACGCCCGGAUUGCAUCAAUCAUUGCCAGGAAAUAUUGGCUUGCCUUCGCGUCAGAAUCAUCUUUUCGCUGCCCGGGUUCUUGUCACCGCCCGAGCCCACCGUCGAGGACGUGGCCGCGAUGGCCGAGGCGCUACCAGACGAGUUGCAUGGCAAGGUCUGCGUGCAGGGGCCGCGAUGGCUGAAGGACCGGUUGAAGGCCCGCUUCGCCCCGAUGGCCGACGCCGGCGCCGACCCGCUCGUCGAUUGCGACGGGAGCCCUCUCGCCCCGUGGUCGACGUUCACCAGCAAGCCCGAUGUGCCUGUCGGCUCGAACGACUCGCUUCAUGUUCUACUCCAUGGCCUGGGCCCCGCGGAAGGCUGGCGGACCCUCGCGCGCGACGGCACGCGAGCGACCUUUUACUGGACCGACGGCAACAGAUACAAAGUGCGCCCAUACAAGAAGACGUGGACGGGGUGGCGCAUGACGCGUGAAACUUCAGGUGUCGGCGAGUGUGGGCUGGAGGUGACGCGCCUCGCCCUCCCCGUGGGCCUCGGGACGGUGCAAAUGGGCCUCGACCGUCAGAACCCGCCCGACCCGGAGUCGACCACCCUGCAUCUACUCGUGAGCCAAGAAGAUUGCGCCAGCGGCAUGAGCGGCGUCGAGCGCAUGCUGAAGCCGGAGGUGAUAGAGUCCGCCACCGAGAUUCGAGUAGCGAUGGGCGUGAUCAAGGGGGGUGGCGGGACGUGUCCCAGCAACCGCUUCGACCCAAUCACGAUCGAACUCGCCGCCCCGAUCGGCCAGCGGAAGAUCUUCGACGGGCUUUUUUUGCUUCCGAGGCCCCUAAAGUUGCCGGAGAUGCCCCCGCGGGUGUGCGCGCGGGCGGACGAAGCGGCUCUCCGGCCGCCGCGACGCGUCGAGGAGCCGCUCUUCCGGGCCGGACGCCGCGUCGUCAUCGCCGCAGAGGCGCCCGGGGGCCGACCGACGACGCGCGAGGAGUACAAAGCCUGGUUCGAACAGGUCGAGAGCCUGGUCGACGCGCGCUGCACGGGCUGUGCCUGCUGCUCCUGGGACGGAGAGAACUAUUCAGAGUGCCGCCCGAGUACGGAAGCCUACCCUUGCGACCAACCUACUGAAUACUGCGUGUGGUGCGAGGACGGCGGGGAGACGCCGAUGCCGGGCCGAUGGACGACGCACGGCCGGCAGUGCCAGAUGUACGAGCGCCUCCUCGACGGACGACGAGACACCGUGAUAACCAGGCGCGCCAAGACCCUCGCCAUCCUCAAGGACUUUUACGGGCGCGCCAACCCCGACAAGGUCGUCGACUUCUUGGGGAGAAGCGUCGCGAACGCGGGGGCCAUCGCCACGGAGUACGAGGGCUUCGAGGAGCUCCUCUACGAUCGGUUAGAAAGACAGUACAAGUACGUGCCUGGCGGGCCGUUUAAGGUCUGGCGCACGGGGCCGCCGUUCCCGGCGCCCGAGGCGCCGGAGCCCGCCGCGAUCGAUGAAUCCCCCGUUUUAUAAUAAAACACGAAAGCAGC